AUGGCCACUUUCCUAGUCUCUCUACUCAAGGACGAGACUUCGGCAUCACUUUUCACCAUAUCCAUCGCAAUAUUGGUAUCCGCCGGCCUCUACUUCCUCACGUAUCUCCGCCGUACACCAAAUUCGAUGCCAGGUCCACGGGGGCUGCCGAUCGUCGGCUACAUGCCGUUCCUCCGCCCCAACCACCUCCACCGCCAAUUCACGGCCCUGGCCCAGGCCCACGGCCCAAUCUACAAAAUCCAAACCCCGAGCAAGUUGCUGGUCGUGGUCAGCUCCCCGGCCCUGGCCCGAGAAGUCCUCCGGGCCAACGAGUCCACAUUCUCGGCCCGCCCAACCCCGAUCGCGGUGAAAAUCCUCGGUUACGGCGGGAUGGAAGUCGGGACCCUGCCUUGGGGCCCCGAUUGGGCCGGGCUGCGUAAAAUCCUGGUCCGCGACGUUUUGAGCAACCGGGCCCUCGACACGUGUCACGCCCUGAGGGAGCGGGCGGUUGCGGCGGGAAUUCGAGAGAUUCGAGCCGAGAGCAUCGGAAAGCCGACGCGGGUGUUCGAUGCGGCGUUCAAGUUGGUUGUGGAUUCGACUCUGGCGAUGCUGUGGGGCGGCGGCGACGGCGAGGGGGGAGCUGAUUUCGCGGCGGAGUAUCGGGAGGCGACGAGGGAAGUGUCGCAGCUGAUGGGGCGGCCGAAUGUCUCCGACGCGUUUCCUCUGCUGGCUAGGUUUGAUCUGCAGGGGGUACAGAGGGAGGCUGCGGUGCUGGCGGCGCGUAUGGAUGGGAUGAUUAGCUCUGUGAUUGAACGGCGGUUGGGGGAUUUGGCGGGGAAAAAGGGAAUGGCGUCCAAGGAUUUGCUCCAGAUUUUGUUGGAAGUUCAGGGUGGCGGCGGAGACUUGUCGACGGGAUCGUUGAUCGCCUCGACCUCGUCCGUUCACUUCAAAGGCUUGAUUUUGGAUAUAGCAAGUGGUGGCACAAAUACAACAGCGAUGUUAAUCGAGUGGGCGAUAACAGAGCUUCUAAGCAAUGAAGAGGUGAUGAUAAAAGUAGUGCAAGAACUAGACCGGAUCGUCGGGCCAAAGAGCCUUAUGGAUGACCAUCAUCUCAAAGAACUUAGCUACCUAAACGCCGUCGUUAAAGAGACUUGUCGGCUGCAUCUAGCGAUGGUAGCUCGCGUUGCAGGUCAACCCUGUACCGUCGGCGGCUACUCAAUUCCGAAAGGAGCUACAGUUCUCAUCAACACUUGGGCCAUUCACCGGGAUCCACAGCUCUGGGCCGAUCCACUACAGUUCAGGCCCGAGAGGUUUUUGAACGAGGUUGAAAAUGGGCCCAGGUUUAGUUUUACGGGCAGUAAUUUUCAGUACCUGCCGUUCGGAUCCGGACAUCGGGUUUGCGCCGGGCUGAACCUGGCAGAGAGGCUCAUGAACCAUGUGCUGGCGUCGAUGUUGCAUUCGUUUGAGUGGAAGCUGCCGGACGGCGAGGAGAGGCCGGAUUUUUCAGAUAAGUUCGGUCCGUUCGUUAGGAAGCAGAAGCCUCUGAUUGCCAUACCAUUCCUUCGGCCGGGGAGCGGAUUAGCGUGA